AUGUUUUCAGACGCGAUCGAUCGAGCCAAAUGGCUAGAUGCCCAGUUCCAGAGACGGGGAAAGCAGCCUGUUGGGCCUCUCCAUGGCCUGCCAAUCAGCGUUAAAGAUCAAUUUUACAUCAAGGGAUACGAUAGUUGUCUUGGUACGGCAGGCCUCUGCUUCCGACCAGCGAAAAUGACAAACCAGGCAGUACAGGUUCUUCUCAACGCAGGCUGCGUCAUCAUUGGCAAAACAAUAGUUCCACAGUCAGUGCUUACUGCUGACAUGGAUUUGAUCGUCUUCGGACGCACCAUCAAUCCAUACAACGCCGAGUUUGCGUCUGGGGGGUCUUCUGGCGACGAAGGCGUAUUGCUUGCUAUGGGAGGCUCUUCUCUGGGACUGGCAACAGAUGGAGGCGGAAGCGUGCGGAUACUGGCUGCUACGUGUGGUGUUGGAUACAAGUCCAGUGCUUAUAGGAUACCUAUUCAUGGCCAGAGAAUCGUUGGAAAAGGCAUCAUGGGCACAACGUCACUUGUUUCGCGCAUUGUGAGUGGAUUCCUGGCGAGAUCGGUGAGAGAUGCAAAACUAGCAGCCAAAGUGAUGUCCGACGCAAGUCCAUGGGCUCUCGCCGCCGCUAUUCCAAAAAGCUUCGCGUCUGCAGAACAACUAGCCGAGGUGGUGGAUCUUUCUUAUAUGGGCAAACUUUUGGAGUUGGAGCCACACACUGAGGUUGUUAAAGCAACCGGACUAAUCACACCAAAGUCGGCACUGCCAGAGUUUUCGGUCGAGUAUCUGCAUCAGUUGAACUAUCAAGUUGCCCGAUUGGCAAUGCAAAUGAAGAGGAUUUUGAAUGUCGACAAUGGUAAACAGCUAGACGCUAUUUUGUUUGCCACUGCGCUUCACACAGCUCUACGCUUUGACAAGUUUGUCUGGCUUGGAUUGACGAGCAUAUUCAAUGUGCUCGACUGUGCAAGCAUUUCCAUACCUUUAAACGAGGCUGUCGACAAGAAAAUUGAUACUGCUACUCCCGUUUUGACUAGCAGAGGACAGUCUAGAUUAUGA